AUGGCUACGGAGUGCGUCUCAGAACCCGUUGGAAACCUCUCCCUCCCUCGCACCCCUCCUCCCCCACAUCGACAGCAACACCUAGCAACCACAGCAAGCAGCACUGCGGUCGGAAGCAAACAAGCAAGUAGGUGCGCCAAAGAGCUACACUACAAGCCCAAGGUCCCCGCUUCUCUGCCCCUCCAUGCCAUGGAUCAGGGCCGUGUACCGGAUUACCAAUGGCACCCCAAUGAUAUCCAACUGGCGCCAGAGUCGAUAGCGCAGGAAAGCUCCGGCGCGAUGAAGCGGAAUCUUUUUUUUUCCCCGCUGGUUCCAAUGGCCGACGGCGAGUCACAAUUCGCUGCAGAAUCGCAUUUCUUUGUCAUGUCACUCUACACAAAAACUAGGCUGUAUUGGGGAAGCUUGGGGGAUGAUUAA